AUGACUUACAAAACAUAUGCAGAUGUAUUUUGGGGAGGGGAUUUGAGAAGUGUUUCUGGGUAUGCAGCCUUGACACAGCGCAACCAGGAGAGCAAGAAAAUGUGUCAAGAGUUGGAAGAGUACCUCAAGAAAAGGUCCAAAGUUGAAGAAGAUUACAGCAAAGCUUUGCAAAAUUUGGCAAAAUGUUUUAAGCCCAGGGAGGAAAUUGGGGUCAUUGAGGCAACUCUGAACAAGAUGAAAGUCGAGCUGGAAAUAUUAUCACAGUGCCAUCAUGGAGCUUCCGUCUUUUAUCAGCAUCAGUCAGAAGCAGCAAGGAAGUUUAAAGAAGAUCAAGCAGCUCGACGGAAAGCACUAGAGGAGUCCUUGAACAAAGCCCAGAGUUCCAAGAUUCAACAGUUGAAUAAAACAGUGCAGGCAGAGAAAGUUUAUGUCCGCAAGUAUUGUGAGAGAGAUGCAGCAGAGCAGAACUACAAGGAACUCAUCCAGCAAGUAACACUUCCAAAAGAAAUUGAAAAGGCUAAAAACAAGAAAGCCAAAGCAGAGGAAGAUGCAGAGAAAGCUGACUCAGCUUAUAAAAGUGCAGUUAAAGUUCUGGAUGACUGUAGAGUCGCCUGGGAGAAAGAGAUGGUUACAACCUGUAAGUCUCUACAAGAGCUUGAUCAAGAAAGGAUACAGUUUUUAAGACAUGAAUUAUGGUUGGCAGCCAACGUGGCAUCCAAGAUCGCAUUAGAUAUAGAUAAUAGCAGUGAAUCUCUGAGAGAGCUUCUGGAGAAGUGUGAUAUUGUUUCAGACAUCCAAGCUUUCAUUGAGACAGCCAAGACAGGUCAACAGCGCCCGGAACCAUUUGUAUUCAAACACUACACAAAAAUACUGGCAGCUGGCGACACUGACAGUAAUUGUAGUGACAGUGUCAUCCAUGUUUACAACACCGCUGAGGAUGAUGAAGAGCCAUCUCCCACUGAAACAGCACCGACUUCAUCAAACUUCAACAUUAAAGCUGCACUAGGACGUCAGAAAAUCCUCAAGAAGAAAGGGGCUGCAACAUAA